AUCCUUCCCCCAGUGUAGCGGCUCACACAAGAGGGAGGAUUGCAUUUUGCAGCUAGCCUGUACCCAGCUCGAAUAGGAUUUACGAGAAAAAACUUUUUUCUUGCACAGAAUUACAAAAACAGAAUGCAUAUGUGUGUGACCGAAUAAAACUCUUGUAGAAAAUGUGAAAGGAAAGCGGGUGUUGAUCGGUCGAUAUUUAUAAUGAGGAGCGGUUCAAGUUUAUCCAACUUGUGAAAAGCACCGCCGCUCAACUCUCGUAAGGAUCGCCGGCUCACCCAAACCGCACCUUGCAGGCUGCCGACUGGUCGCGAUGGCUAGAACGAAGAUCUGCGUUUUUGUUUGCAUUGCUUUCUUUUGGAGUUCUGUCUUGGCCAGCGGGACACCGCCUGCUUACGAGAAUGUGCACCGGGAGGAAGCCGAGCAGGAAGCCCCCGAAACACUAGAAGACGAACUUGACAACCAGGAAAACAUUUUAUCCCAGCUCUUAGGUGACUAUGACAAAGUCAAAGCCAUUUCUGAAGGCAGUGGCUGCCAGUGCAAAUGUGUUGUCAGACCUCUAAGCAGGAAUGCUUGUAAGAGGGUCGAAGAAGGCACAGCAAAAACGGAAGACUUUUACACAGUGGAAACGUUGACAUCCGGACUUCCUGGGUGCAAGUGUGCCUGUGUUGCCCCUCCUUCUGCAGUGAAUCCCUGCGAGGGUGAUUACAGACUGAGGAGGCUCCAAGAAUCAGAGAGAAACGGCAUCAAGCUGUCAACAAUAAUGGAAUUGCUUGAAGGUGCAUUUUAUGGUCUGGAUCUCCUAAAGAUGCAUUCGGUGACAACAAAACUUCUAGACCGUAUGGAGAAACUGGAGAGGGUUGUUUCCGACAACCACAAGACAGCGAGUGUAAAGAUGAACAUUACUACAACUCACACACCUGAAAAGGAAAGCACGCCACCAGUGGAGGCUGAGAAACAGGCAGUGAAUUUUAGCUCCAUCUUACAGGGAGAUGCUGCUGCUGCUGUGUAUGCCCAGUCUGAGAAAUAUGAAGAAAAAUUUGUCGGGGACCUGGGUUUCUCGGAGGGGCCGUUAAGUGUGAGUCCUGAAACUCCAACAGAGUCGGUGGGCAAUGUUGAGUCACUGCAAACAAACACCAGGAUGAAAGUGGUCUCUCGCCCAACAAUCAUCCGUGGAAUAACCUACUACAAAUCCAAUACCAUCGAAGAGGACAAUGAAAUCGAUGAACAGCAAGAAGAAUUUUCAAGUGGUGAUGCAACUGUAGAUCUGCUGAUUGAAGACCAGCUCAUUAAGCACAAAGGAUGGCGGCAACAGACUUUCAGGAAACCAAAACCAGUAGUCAGACCCCCCAUCCCUAAAACUGAACAGGUGGACUUAAAUGACCAUUUACGUGUAGUUGACAAUCUAGCUACUGCUGCAACUACUGAAGCAUCAAGCAAGACGCCUAGCAAUGUUCCUGAUCUUACAUCAAAUUACAGAACAGCAGCUGCUCCAGCUGUCACUGAUGCUUCAAACAAAUCAUCUACUGCAGCUUCUAUGGCAGUCACAAACACAGCUGCCACCAACAAUCCAUCAAGCGCAACAAUGUCUUCAGCCAUAUUGGCUGCAUUUACAACUGGUAAAAAUAUUACAAGUUCUCCAUCUACAGCUUCUGCCCCAGCCUCCACAAAAGAGUCCAGAGAAACUGCAGCACAACCAACAGAUCAAACAACUAAUGCGUCCAGCACCACCCCUAGUACUACCACCACUACUACUACUACUACCGCUGCUACUACUACUACUACUGCUGCUACUGCGACUGCAACUACUAGUACUACGACUACUUCUGCUACUAUGACUACUAUUACAGCUUCUAGCACAAAAUUAACAACCAUUCGUUCUCCAAAGACCUCGUGGACAACUGCCAUUACAUCCACACCUUCUGUCCCUAAAACAACCCGACCUUCAGUGCAUGUGAAGCCCAGGCAGCGCUAUAAGAUCUCUUGGGAUGAAGAGAUUCAGGAUACCAUGGGCGACGAGGCUCAAAAGAAUCUUGGUGUUUGCAAGGAUACAUUGUCUACAAUAUCUGGUCCAGUGACACAAAAUACCUAUGGAAGGAGUGAAGGGGCCUGGAUGAAGGAUCCAAUGGCCAAAGAUGACAAGAUUUAUGUCACUAAUUAUUACUAUGGAAACACACUUAUAGAAUUCCGGAAUAUGGAAAACUUCAAACAAGGUCGAUGGACAAAUUCUUACAAACUCCCUUACAACUGGAUUGGAACUGGACAUGUCGUGUAUGAUGGAGCUUUUUAUUACAACCGAGCAUUUUCACGCAACAUCAUCAAGUUUGAUUUAAAACACCGAUUUGUCGCAGCCUGGGCAAUGCUGCACGAUGUGGUAUUUGAAGAGAGCACACCCUGGAAGUGGAGGGGUCAUUCAGACAUUGACUUUGCAGUAGAUGAAAAUGGCCUAUGGGUGAUUUACCCAGCUAUCGAUGACGAGGGGAUUCAACAAGAGGUGAUUGUAUUGAGCAAACUGAACGCGGCAGACCUGACCAUUCAGAAGGAGACCACAUGGAGGACCGGCUUACGAAAGAACUUUUAUGGAAACUGCUUUAUAGUGUGUGGCGUUCUGUAUGCGGUGGACAGCUACAACCAAAUGAACGCCAACAUUUCUUAUGCAUUUGACACACACACAAACACUCAAAUCAUACCAAGAUUGCCUUUUACUAAUAAUUAUUCCUAUACCACUCAAAUUGAUUAUAAUCCCAAGGAAAGGGUACUUUACGCUUGGGACAAUGGGCAUCAAGUCACGUAUAAUGUAAUUUUUGCCUAUUGAAAGGGGUUUGAGAAUAUUCAGAAAUGAUCAUAGCACUUUUGUGUAUAAAGAAAAGAAUAAAUAAUUUUAUAUUCCCAUGAGGACUGUAGAUCAGUCCGACGGGCCUAUAUCUUUCCUUGCCUAUACCGUCACUUCCGACCAGCAUCUCUUAUUAUGAUGAGGUAGCAGCGUGUGUUAUUUUCAGAAGUAUUAUUUAAAGUACAAGUUAUGAUCAAAGUAUUUGAUAAGAGAAGCUAGAGAUAACCGUUUUCUGAAAUAACCCCAAGGAUGCAGAAGUAUAUUCAGUUUGUGCCCACAGGGACUUCUCAUGCAUUCUGCGGUUUCAUAAAGCACCAAGUACAAGAACAUGAAUGAUCUCAGGUCAAGUGCUGGGCAGGAAUCCCUACAAAGUCUACAGCAAUAAUCUGAGCAGCAGACUGGACAUUUUUAUGUGUUACACUUAAACACCAAAUGCAAAACUGGUACUGUAUGUUUUUGUUUUUAGUCAUCUGUACUAAAAUCUAAACAAUAUGAUUAAGCAUAUCAUUUCAAAAGACAUUGCAUAUUAUGCUGUUAUGGAAUUUUCAGAAAUAACCACUUAAAGAAAAUACUGGACCGUUCACAAGGAAAAAACUCCAAUUCUUACCUGGACAGUGCUUUCAAUAUCUUCCAUUAUGUUUUCAGUGGACAGAGCUCAAGUCUUAAGCCAGUGUCACAUUAUGCGACUUUCAGCUGUGGGGAUUUUAGACUUGUUGACUGCAGUUGCUGAUCUCAUCAUUGGACCAUGUCAGUUUAAACAACUUGAAAAUCACUAGCCAUGCCAAAUUUACUAACAGAGUGCCAUUUUUUUUCCAGCACAACUGUGCUCGGCCCUUUUUCUGAGAGCCAAUAGUGUGCUGUCUGACAAAACCAGGGCUGUGCGAAGGGUUAACAGAGAUGGCAAGUUCAGCCAAAAUCUUGGCCUUUUUUUUCUUUUUUCCAUUCUGUUAUGCAAAACACGAGAUAACAGACAGAUGAGCAUCUCUUCUGUUACAGUCCAAAACUCCACUGUUGCUUAUCCUCGCCACUGCAUUCUGUGCAUUGUAAUUCUGGGUGCGUGCUCAUUGGUUGUCAGCUCUCAUACACAAGCCCAACCUACAACUACAGACAAAAUCAGACUAGUUGGAUGGAGUUGCCGAGUUGUCAGACUAAACGACAGGUUUUCACACCACCAGCUUACUCCGACUCGCUAAAAUUAAGUAAAAUGACUGAAAACCGCUGGAAAAGUUGCGUAAUGUGACACGGUCUUUACAUGACCAAUGUAGCCGGACAUUCACUUGAACUUCAUUCCAAAGGCCCUUUUCUCUCCUGCCAUUAUUUUUUUUUCUACUAAUCCCAAAUGCAGCAUCAUGGCUUUUCAUGCCAUUCACUAACAUUAUGUCUAUAUACAACAAUAUAACGAUUAAAUUCUUUCAUGUUUAUUGAACUAAUUACUGAACAGUAAUUCAGAAGGGUGAUGCAUGGGCCUUCAUGUUACACUUUCCUUAAGAUGUACUUUAUGUCACUAACGCACCAAAUUCUAAAUACAGCCAAAGCUCAA